AUGGUCAGAAUUAGCGUUCUUAACGAUGCGCUCAAGAGCAUGUACAACGCGGAGAAGCGCGGGAAGCGGCAGGUGCUGAUCCGCCCCAGCUCCAAGGUCAUCAUCAAGUUCCUCACUGUCAUGCAGCGACACGGUUACAUCGGCGAGUUCGAGCUGGUGGACGACAGGCGGGCGGGCAAGAUUGUCGUGGAGCUGAACGGACGGCUGAACAAGUGCGGCGUGAUCAGCCCGCGUUACGAUAUCGCUGUCGGCGAUAUUGAGAACUGGACCGAGCGCCUGCUGCCCUCCCGUCAGUUUGGUUACAUUGUGCUCACCACGUCGAGCGGCAUCAUGGACCACGAUGAGGCCAGGCGGAAGAACGUGGGAGGCAAGGUGCUCGGCUUCUUCUACUAA